CAGUAUGUUUUGUCUGUUACCUUAGACUAAAAGCAAAUCCCAACUCUCAAGAAAAACAGUAAGCAAGCAGGAACAAUUUAAUAAUAGCGUCAGAUACAUAGGGGGACAAGUGGGAUAAUGCGAUGUAGAUUUGCUAAGAUUUUUCAGUAUCUCUUCUUUAGUCUUUUAGCUUCCCCUAAAGUAGAUUUCUUGCCUUUUUAUAUCUACUCCUCCACAUGACACAACCCACCAAAUAGAACCAUCCUUUAUUCCCUUAUAUAUAUUCUUCCCUUUAGUUGUCUUUCUAUUUUCUUGGUGGCCGAGCACAUUUUGAAACAGAGAUACAGAGACCCUUUUUUGUAUUGUGUAAUACAAGUGAUGGAAAUGGCGCAAGAGUUGCAUGUUCUUGCUGUUGAUGAUAGCCAUGUGGAUAGGAAGGUUAUAGAGAGAUUGCUGAAGAUUUCUUGUUGUAAAGUUACAGCAGUGGAGAGUGGAACCAGGGCUUUGCAAUAUUUGGGGUUGGAUGGAGAGAAGAGUUCUAUGGGGAUAGAUGGGUUGAAGGUAAAUCUGAUACUUACAGACUAUUCUAUGCCUGGGAUGACUGGAUAUGAACUUCUCAAAAAAAUCAAGGAAUCAUCGGCAUUGAGCAAGAUCCCCGUUGUCAUUAUGUCAUCCGAGAAGAUUUUAGCUCGUAUUGAUAGAUGCUUGGAGGAAGGAGCUGAAGAAUUUCUCCUGAAGCCUGUUAAGCUGUCCGACGUUAAACGUCUCCGAGAUUUCAUACUGAGAGGCGAGGGGGAUGACGACAAAGAAAAAGAGAAGAAGUUCAAAGAAGUAUGUUCAAGAAAGAGAAAAUUUCAAGACGAUUCAUCGACACAAUCAAUGCCAUCUACUUUAGCUGCAGCCCAUGACAUUGAAUCAUCACCAGAAUCUUCAGUAUCAUCAGAAUCUCAACAACCUCUCUCAAAGCAAUCCAAGAUUGGAUAACUCGGGAUAGAGAUAUGAUGGAUACAAUAUUUUUUGCUGUCUAAUUGAGCUAGUUGUUGUUGUUAUCAUUCCUUAGCUAAAUCAUCUUUUGGCACCCCGUGAACUUCCUUUUUUGUGUAUACCCUCACAGUUGUACAUGUUUAGCUCUCAAUUUUGGACCUUUUAUGAAAGCGAAAAAUUGAGCUCUGUAGAAAUAGGUUGGAAAUCCAAAUGAUUUUCUUGUUAUUUUUUGUUUCUUUUGUAACAAACCGGGGAUAUUGACAUUUUAUAACGCUAUGA